AUGAACUGACACCAGGGCUGGACUGACUUUUGUGCAACAUACUCAAACUCUCAUACACACAUGCACGGUGAUACCAACUGUGUUACAAGGGCAGAAGACAAUGUGCCUGCUAGUAAUGGCGUAGCCAGAAGAAACAACAUGUUCUUCCAACACAGAUGGCAAGUUUCAUUAGGGACCUUGAUUGUGAUUGUAGGCCUGGUGCUCUUUGUGACAUUGGGGCCUUAUACUAUUCUCAUUGGCUUGGCCAUAGUGUGUCUGGGCCUCUUCAUCCUCAUCAGUUCCUUCUGCAUGGACAUCAAAACCAGUCAUGUAGCUGUGACAGGUCACUUACUUCUACACCCGCGAACGGGCACCCGUUACACCCACCAUCAAGCCAUUGCGGUGCAGAGGAGGCUGGAUCGGAUUCGGAGGGCUACGGCAGAGGAUCACAGUACAGUCCAAGUGCCUCCCACCUCAGACGCCAAUUCACAGAGCCAGCCUGCAACACCCCCUCCCUGGCAAAUAGAGCCGCCGCCAUCCUAUGAGACUGUUAUGAAGACCACUACAGCUGUGAACCAACUAUAACCACUGCUGGGACUGUCGACACCAACAUUUAAUGAUUGAAAAGCUGGUCUAACUUGGGGUGUACAGAUACAGUACCGGUCAAAAGUUGGGAUACAUUACUGUUUUUAAAUUUUUUAAAAGAAGUCUCUUAUGCUCAUCAAGCCUGCAUUUAUUUGAUCAAAAAUACAGAUUAAAAAACACUAAUAUUGUGAAAUAUUAUUACAAUUUAAAAUAAUAGUUUUCUAUUUUAAUAUAAUAUUUAAAAUAUAAUUUAUUUCUGUGAUGCAAAGCUUAAUUUUUCAGUAUCAUUACUCCAGUCUUCAGUGUCACAUGAUCCUUCAGAAAUCAUUCUAAUAUGCUGAUUUAUUAUCAAUGUUGGAAACAGUUAUGCUGCUUAAUAUUGUUUUUAUAACCAGUGAUAUUUUUUCAGGAUUCUUUGAUGAAUACAUGUUUAAAAAGAACAGCAUUUAUUUAAAAUAGAAAUCUUUUGUAACAAUAUACACUAUCGUUUAGAAGUUUUUUUUCUUUCCUUUUUUAAAAGAAAUUAAUACUUUUAUUCAGCAAGGAUGUAUUAAAUUGUUAAAAAGACUUAUAUUGAUAGAAAAGAGUUCUAUUUUGAAUAAAUGCUGUUCUUUUUAACUUUUUAUUCAUCAAUGAAUCCUGAAAAAUGUAUCACUGUUUCCACAAAAAUAUUAAGCAGCAUAACUGUUUCCAAGAUUGAUAAUAAAUCAACAUAUUAGAAUGAUUUCUGAAGGAUCACUGAAGACUGGAGUAAUGAUGCUGAAAAUUCAGCUUUACCAUCACAGAAAUAAAUAUUGAAAGUAUAUUAAAAUAGAAAACCAAUAUUGUAAAUUGUAAUAUUUCACAAUGUGACUGUUUUUUUGUUUGUUUUUUCUUGAUCAAAUAAAUGCAGACUUGAUGAGCAGAAGAUACUUCUUUCAAAAACAUUAAAAAUAGCAAUGUUUUUCAAACUUUUGACUGGUACUGUAUUAAAAAUCUAUCUGAUAAAGAUAAGCCAGUAAUUAUUUUCAUGUUAUGGCUGAUAACUGAUAAAAUGUCAGAUAUCAAAAUCCAUAAACACUUUUAAAUUCUACAACUGAAUGUAAGCAUCAUAACAGCAUGGAAGAAGGAUAAGUUUUCAUUUUUAGAUCUGCUAAAGAAUGACAAAAAGUAAUGUAACUUGUUUUUAUGCAUGAACGCACACAGCUCUGCCUGCACUCGACAACAGGUGAUUGACUUAAAGGGAUAUUUCUUUUUAUACCUCUAUCCCUUUAAGUUUUUGUUAGAUACAGACAGCAAAAGUAAUCUAAAUCUAAAAGGGAAGCAAGUUCACAAGCGAAUACACAAUAUUGACUAAUAAAUGAAAAAAAAAAAAAAACGAAAAAAAAAAAAAAAAAACCCUGUAAUAUCUACCGAUAACCGAUAUAUCGUGCAGCUCUAUUUCUAUCUCUAAUCUGUUCUGAAAAUGAUGAAGUGCCUUGAGUGACAAGAAGCUUCAGUUUCAUAAUUUUCUACAAAUACUAUUGACUUAUCUGUCCAACCUAAAACUCAACUAGCUAAUAUUAGUGCUAUUUGUUGUAUGCAGCUUGACUGAACAUGCCAGUUUUCUAUUUCUUAGGGAUGCACUGAUAUUUUGGCCUACAGUAUGUGAUAACCAAUAUUGUUUUUAUAUUUUGAAACCAAUAACCAAAGUUUGCAUUGCUAUGUGCUUCAAAUGACUCCAAAUGUCAUAAACAGUGGAAAACUGCUUUUAAAAUGGGGAGGAAAAAAAUCUUUCUUAUCUUGCCGUCACAAAAGAUUUGUAGGCUAAUUUUUAUAAACCAUUGGAAUAAAGAAAUGACACAUGUACAACUUUUAUAUGUUUAAAAAUAGGUAGGCCAACAAAAAAUAAUGUGAAGUCCCAUCAUUUGGUAAAAAUGUAUAGCAGGCUAUUUUACUUGUUGAAUUGAUAUGUACAUAAAAAAAAAAAAGUCAAUUGGCUGAUAACUGGUAAUAAUGAUUUGUGCAUCCCUAUUAUUUCUUUUUUAAAUUUUCAUAGCUUUGUAUGUGGAUAAUAAAAUUGAAAAUAUUUAUAAAGACA